GAUCAUAUUCAGUUAUAAGUUCAUAUUAAUAAUUCAGCUAUCAGAGGACAUAUCACUUCUCUUGAAUUUCCGAUAGGCUAGCGAUGAAAAAUACACUUGGCAACGUUUAUUAUUUAUCAUGUGACUUGCUAACCGCGAAUCUGCCAGUGACCUUCGUCAAGUCACGCCAUAAAUCCAAAUCAGGUCUUGAGUUAAGAGACGUUGAGGCAUCAGACAGAAGCCGGUUUUCUAUUUUUUGCUGUAUCGUUUCUAAUCGCCACUAUAUCACAGAAUAAACCGAGUAAAUAGUGUUGUGUUAUGAAAACGUGGGCAUGGAUAUCCAACAACUUCUGAAUUUGUGGAAGGCUGAUGAUAUAAUCAUAUCAAAAUUCCUCGAUAACAAAGUAACAGUUGAGGAUUUACCUUUCCUUACUGAGGAAUAUUUAAAAGAAUUAGUUCCUCUCAUAGGGCAGCGUAUUAUGAUUAAAAAAAAGAUACAUGACUACAUUGUUUCUCAAAAAGAAAAUAUCGCGGAAAAUAUAAUCAAUAAAAGUCCUAAACCUCACGAGUUGAUCCAAAUUAUCAAUGAAUUUAGUGACAUCCAGACGACAAGCACUAUAAGCCAUUGCUCAACUGAACCUUCUUCCCUUCCUGCCGACAGUUCUUUUCACGUUGAUGAAUACUUUGGUGAUAAUUUGGACUUGAUCAUUCGGCCUAAGUUCAGCGAUUUCGACCUGAAAACAAUUCUCCAAACAUCACCAAUGGGCAAUAGUGUUCUCAAGUAUUAUGAAACAAAAAAACAAUUGGAUGGAACAAGAAGAACUCGUUUGGUGGACAUUAUUAUGAAACACUUAUAUAACCACAUCAUAAAGCAAAGACUUAGUCAUGACGAGUAUACUAUAUUAGCUGCUAAAAUUGUCCAACUCUUUCCAACAGAAACAACUGGAAUAUACUAUAUUCCUGCUAUAAAGAAACGACACUCUGUAACAGGAAAAUCAAUUGUGGCAAAAGGGCGAUUGGUGGAUAAAUGCCGAAACAUUAUAUAUAAAUGUGACGAUGCAAUAACUUUGAAGUCACGAAAAAGGAAGUCUUCUUGGAAUUCCACUGAAAAUAUUCCCGAAAAGGAGGCGACAGAUACAGUUGCAGAACUUCAAGACGACCAAAACUACAUAUGGCUAUUACAUAAUUCAGAUCCAUGGACCACCGUGGAAAAUAAAUGGGAUCUGCUGUAUGACAAAAGAAGAGAGCAAAAGUGUGAGUCAGCCGCAGAAUUCUUAAAACUUUGGUCAGUUUUGACUGAUCCCAGAGGCAUUUCAUUGAUUGCCAAAGAUUUUGAGAGACUUUACCCCUCGUCGAGUAUGAGCUUUUAUGUCAAAUGGGAACCAUUUUUUGAGUCAGUUCUGGAAUAUAAGAAAAAUAUUGCAGUAGACAAACUGUUGGUGAGCUUGAUAGAAGAAAUUGAAUCUACCGAAAAUACAGAUGUCAAAUUGAUUAAACAGAUUUCGCUUCUACCUCAAUUGAUUCCACCGAGAGGUAGAGUGAAACUCAACAAUAAAACUUGGAAAUUUUCUACAGUGGAAUGCCAGGAGGGGUUUCUUGUGCAUGUUACGAGUGUCUCUGAAAUUGAGGAGAAACUCAAAAACUUGAGAGAUCAGGCAGCUGCAAAGAAAACAACUUUGCAACCAUUCAUCUUGAUUGAAGGGCCUUAUGACUGUCCCAGUAAUUUUUAUAUCAUCAUUGAUAAGAUUCGUUAUCAUUUUAAAUCAAUAGUACCUUGCUUCGACACCCUGUUUAAAAUAUUUCAUGUUUUGGAUAUAAAAUAUCCAGCGCAAUGUGAAUAUUUAUGGGUGUUGAUUCAGAAAUGUGUUUUCAAUAUUGACACCAAAUUUGAUAAUGUACCUCCUUAUUUAUCAGAUAUUCUGCAUAUAUCCAGGCAAUGAUACAUCGAAUUUGUUAUUUUUGAGCAUUUGAUUUAAAAUGAACUGUAAUAUUUGUGGUAAAGAUUUUGAAAAAUGAAGUGCAAUAUUUGUGGCAAAGAUUUUGCAAUCUUUAAGAAAUAUAUUUUUCAUAUAGAAUUUUUUCACAAAAUAAUGAACUACUUCAGUUGUCCCUUUACGAGAUGUGGAAGAGUUUAUAACAAGAAACAUAAUUUGAGAGAACACAUAAAAAAAAAACAUUCAAAUUCUGAUAAUACAUCAUGUGGUAACAGUAACAAUAAAUUUUUGGUCGAUGACAAUGAGUUAUUUAUUGCUAAAGAUAAUACUUCUUCGAAUAUUCCAGAAUCAGCACCAAUUGUUGAUAAAUGUGAAAAUCUUGAUAACACUGAACAAUUCAAAAAGAUUUUCAAUGAAUCGAUAAAAUUUUUCCUGGCAAAUUUGUAUGACAAGUUAACCUUGACCAGAAAUGAUAUACAAGAUAUUGUUUUAGAAAUGGACGAAUUCAUUUCAGUGAUAAUGAGAGCAACCAAGAACUGUGUAUUUGAUUUGUUACAAUUGGAAGAGCACCGAACAAAAAUUAAUAUAGUUUUUCAAUUACUAUGUAACCCUUUUUCAGAACUCAAAACAGAGUAUAAACGAAUGCAAUACUUCCAAAAUUUGAAUACUUUCAUUAGACCUGAAGAGAUUCAAAUUGGAAUCGUUCCUGAACAGCAGAAAAAAAAAGGUGAAAUUUCCAUACAUCUGAAACGCAAAUAUGCCUAUUACAUUCCAUUGGAUAAAACACUCACACAUUUAUUUGAAUUGCCACAUGUUUAUAAAAUAAUAAACUGUUAUAAGAAUGAAUGUUUAAAAAAUUUUCUUGAUAACAAAAUUAUAUCGAAUAGUGUGAAUGGAUCUGUCUGGAAUGAAAUUGAACAUGAACAUAAAGAUGAUUUGUUUCCUCUGGUACUGUACUUCGAUGACUUCGAACCUGGUAAUCCAUUAGGCAGUACAGCUGGUAAUUACAAAAUAGGAACGAUAUACUUCUCAAUUCCCACUAUACCUCCAGAGUAUUACACUCGUUUGGAGAAUAUAUUUUUGGCUUUAAUUUUCAAUAGUAAUGAAAGAGGUCAAUUUGGCAAUGACGUUGUUUUUAGAAAAUUAAUAACAGAUCUAAAACAUCUUGAAUCGCACGGAAUCGAGGUGAAUAUUUCAUCUGAGAAAAAACGAAUAUAUUUCACAACUAUUGCAUUCUUGGGGGACAAUUUGGGGAUACAUUCUAUGUUUGGUUUACACGAAAGUUUCAGUUCCACAUAUUAUUGCAGAUUCUGUACAUCGACUAAAAAUGAAAUGAACUUUAUGCUGAAGGAAAAUGAAAAUAACUUGAGGAUAGUAAAAAACUACGAGGAUAACCUGAAGAAUAAUAUUGGAAUCAAGGAAAGAUGUGUGUUCAAUGUGUUACCAAAUUUUCACAUUUAUAACAAUUUUUCCUGUGACAUUAUGCAUGAUCUUUUUGAAGGUGUACAUAGAUAUGAUAUGGCUUUUUUGAUAGAUGGAAUGAUAAGUAAAAAUUAUUUUUCAUUGGGAAUACUCAAUGAUAGAAUACAGCACUAUCAGUAUGAAUCUUCUGAAAAAAAUAUUCCUCCUCAUAUCACUAAAGAACAUCUUAACAAAAAAUGCAUUAUAUUUUCUGCAUCCGAAAUGCAUAAUCUAGUUAAAAAUUUUAGAUUUUUUGUUGGAGAUUUAGUUCCUGAAAAUGAUGUAUUAUGGGAAUUAUAUUUAACACUUCUCAACAUAACCACCAUUGUGACUUGCUCUAGUUUAACGCAAGAAUCAAUUGAUUUAUUGAAAUUUUUAGUGGAAACCCAUCAUGAACUAUUCAUUAACCUUUUUAAUACAAACCUCAAGCCUAAACACCAUUUCCUACUGCAUUAUGCUCGUGUAGUUGCGAAAAUGGGCCCACUUACUAUAAUUUCGAGUAUACGAUUCGAAGGAAAGCACAGAGAUUUCAAAUCACCUGCACAUCAUAUAAGGAGUAGGAAGAAUUUACCUCUUAGUCUUGCUCUCAGAAAUCAACUGAAAAAUUUAUUCCGUUUCAUUAGUAACAGAGGGUUCAAUGUAGUUGAGAACUUUGGUAAAUGUUAUGAACUUGAUAAAAACUUCACCAAAGGGUUGAAUUUUAGUUUUGAGAAUUUCCAUGGAAUUAAUUGGUAUGAGUUGAAUGGGGUGAAGUACAAUGUUGGAUCAGUGUUGGUUUAUGAAGUUCAGAAUGAAAUCCCAUAUUUAUUUCAUGUCAAACAUAUCAUAGUUGAUAAAACUGCUUUUGAUGGGAAUAUUCGUUUCAUUUGUAAUGCACUAAAAUGUUUGGAAUAUAGUAAACAUUUUGAAGCUUUUGAAGUGAUACACCAAACACAAUUGAAAGUUUUAGAUCUCAAGAAUUGUUAUUCAUCUGAUCCCACUGUCAUACACACUUUGUGCAAUGGAAGAAGUUAUGUUUCUGUUUGAAUCUUUAUCUACCAUGAAUAUUUCACUUCAUAAAAUGAAAACUGAAUAUGUAUAAGUACAGUGUGCCUAAGAUAAGGAGGAACAGCAUGGUGAUCCUCGGUAACCGUAAGAGUUACACAUCAAUAGGUCGAAUAAGCAAAAAGUUGCGCAAUUAAGGGGUCAAUAUAAUUAGAUGUCAAUAUAUUUAUGUUUACUUCUGGAUAUAUUCGGAAAAGAAACGAAAUUUGGCGGUUUGGUUUUUAUUUUUCUUCUGAAGUUAUUUGAAUAGUUUUGAAAAAACCAUAUAUAGGCACUGUCUCGUUGCCACUUCUUCAGCUCUACAAAAUGGCGUUAACAAAAUAUCCCUACAACGUUUUGUUUCAAAGAAACCAUCAUCAACUUAGUUUUUUUAUAUGACACCAAAAAUACGUGACAUGGCAUUUUUUAUUGUAAUGUCAUGCAGGGUGUACUUUUUUUCGUGUCAUAUAAAAAACAAAGUUGAUGAUGGUUUCUUCGAAACGAAACGUUGUGCGGAGAUUUUGUGAACGCCAUUUUGUAGAGCUGAAAAGUGGCAUAAAAAAAGUGCGUUUGGUUUUUUAGAAACUUUUCAAAUAACUUCAGGACAAAAUACAAACCGAACCGCCAAAUUUUGUUUUUUGUUUUCGACUUUCUUCGGAAGUAAACAAUAUUUUCUGUAUUUCUCAACAUCUAUUUAUUGAUCACUUAUUUGCGCAACUUCGUGCCCAACUAGAACUACUGUGUAACUAUUACAGUUACCGAGAUCCCCAUUGAUUCCCAUGCUGUUCAUCCUUAUCUUGGACAUGCACACUACUGGUUCAAGUACUGUGUUACUGUUAUCAUACAUGUUUCAUCAAAUUUUAUUUUUGAGGAAGGUUGGUUCAGUUUAUAUAAGAAGAAUUGUGUCAAUAUAUGAUCCACCCUAGCAAAUAUGUUGGUUUUGUUUUAUAUUUUUACCAUUUCUAUGGAUCUACAUGUUUUAGUUGGUUAACUCCACUGUUUUUAUGAUUGCAGGGCAUAGGGAUAACAGUUUCAUUUCGAAUGUGCUUUAAAUGUUACAAUAUUUUAUAUUUCUUCUAUAUCUUUUGACCAGUGACUUUGGAAAUGUUUUUGAUUCAGACCGAAAAGACUGAAUAGUUCCUUUAAAAAAUGUUAAUUUUUUAUUUUUCUGUGAUCUCAUAGUAAUAAAAUCAUUGUAUCUUAGGUUAGAUAGACAAAAUCAUUUCGACCAAAGAAUUGUAUUUUUAGUUGUUUUACACCCGAAUUUUGUUUUUAUACAAUAUACUAUUCAAUAAAACUUUUCAAUGAA